UCACAUCGUCAGUUAUUCAUCGCAUCCAUUUUUGUUCUGCUUAGUUCCUUUUAAAUUAUUUUUGUAAUCAAAGAAGCUUCUAUUUGUUUUUCUCAUAAACAAUAUUUACGACAUUUUGUUUUAUUUAGUGCUAGCACACAAAAUAGAAUUUAAGCAUCCGUUCCAAAAGAAAAGAACAUUGCUCACACGUCUUUAAUGUUAUACGGAUGCGGCUCUGGCAUCGGACAUCGGGCUUCAUAAAAACUCCAUUUCAUAGCCUAUGGAUGGAUUCUACGCUUAACUCUUGAUCUCAAAAUAAAUAACUACAUAUGUAUAUGUAACGGCAAAUCAAGUGUACAAAUUUAUUAGGAAAUUAUAGUGUAAGCGUGAAAUUAAUUGAAAUCUAGCUGUGCGUCUAAGUCCAACAGAACUCUCGGAAAGUUUCCUAAAAAGUAACUUCAUAAUCCUCUUCAUAACAUAUGUGAAUAAUUUGCAUACAUUUAAACAAACAGAACUUUGUAUGUAGCAUAUUUUGGCAUAACCUGCAAUGUACAAUAACUAAAACAGUAAUGGAUCCAAAUAACUUUGCCUAUGAACAUUAUGGGAUAUUAGUUCAAAACGAUGAGGAAGGAAUUCCCAAGUCCGAUGAGCUUCGCACUCUAAAUGUGCAAAAUAUAAGUAACAUCUUAAGCUCAGAGGACAUUGGUCAGAGCGCCAGGAUGGUGCUUGUUUCACAGAAUGACUCAUAUGCACAGGUGGAAGCACAUAAUAACAUAAACAUUGAUGGCAAAUCAUUGCUGAAGACGGCAAAAAAUAUUUGCCUAUCAACUAAAAUGCAAGCUCAAAACAUGAACGCCAACAACUUGGAACUGCAAACGACAAAUCAAUUUAUCGAGGAAUCUGAAAAAGACGUUACACAAGACCUGGUGAAUUGCAUGCAGCAGUUGCGUCAGCACGACAGCGCUAAAGAGCCUUCUAAUGAUUCGGAAGCUAUGGAGAGAAAAAACAUUUCAUUGAUGACGGCAAAUGGAAAGUCCAGACGAUGGGAGCAAAAAUUAGUUCAAAUCAAAACAAUGGAGGGGGAGUUUAGUGUAACUAUGUGGGCUUCUGGGACAUCGGACGAUGAGUAUUCCAGUUCUGAUCAAAAUGCAGAGGACGUCGACUAUUUGAAUGGAAAUGAAAAUGCCCUUCAAAACGCUGCAUCAAACAAGACAUUGAGCCCAGAACAGGUUAAGAAAAAUGACACAGUAUUACAUCAGCAACAGUUGUUUUUCCAGCAACAGCAAGAACAAUUCCUUCAACUUCAGCCUCAUUUGAUUGUUCCAUUAUCUGGGUCAACUGGCUCAAUGGAUAAGGCCAACAGCAACUCUAAAAGAAGUUUAAAUUGCGAGACGCAUACAUCGACAUUUACAGUUGUGUCGCAAGGAUGUCGGCUUAUUAACGAAGAAUCGCUUCUGACUACGGAGAAUCAAUCAUUAGUGCCAAAUGACAUUGAUUGUGAUAUAAUGAACGAGGUAGCUGCCACAGGAUCGGUACCCUUUAGUGUGGUUCGUCAAGCAGCGCCAUCAACUGACAUUGUGGCAAAUGGUACUGAUGCAUCCGAUCCUUCGCAGUUUGCCAACGAUAAAAAGAUUGCUUGCCCUCAUAAAGGAUGUCAUAAAUACUUUCGGGACUCGUCCGCAAUGCGUAAGCACUUGCAUACACACGGUCCCCGUGUUCACGUCUGUGCAGAAUGUGGAAAGGCAUUUGUAGAAAGCUCUAAACUAAAGAGGCAUCAGCUGGUACACACGGGCGAAAAGCCAUUUCAAUGUACUUUUGAAGGCUGCGGGAAACGAUUUUCGCUAGACUUUAAUUUGAGGUAAAAUUCAAAACCUUUCUUAA